CUUCAUUGUGUUUCCCCUUUAUUAAAAUCCAGUGUUUCCCAUUUAAAAGCAUGCUAGGCCUUCUUUGAACAAAUAAGUAAGGAGCUGUUACACAGUGCAAGUGUGGAGGCUGAACAAACAGGAAGGCAGGACAGAAAAUAAACAAAAUCAAAGUUCAGCUCUUCAGCGUCAAAUGCAGUUUUUUUUUUUUUUUGGUAGUUUUUUUUUUUUUUUUUGGUCUAUUCAGCCUGUCUUUGCCUGUGGUGGACUCAAAACACUGCAAGCUCCAACCAGAGGAAAGGAUGGCGCAUGCAGCUGUGAUUCUCUGGAUGUUGUCAGCAGUGGUCUGUGUGGGGAAAGGCCAACAGGGUACUGAACAUGUCCAGGACACCAAUGUGGACAGCAGCAACGAUGACAGUGUGUCUCUUGUGACUUCAGCAAACCAAGACUUUGCAUUCAGCUUGUACCGGAAUCUAGCAGCCCUCACUGACUCCCAAGGCAAAAACAUCUUCUACUCCCCAUCUAGUGUCUCUCUGGCUUUGGCUGCCUUGGCUGUGGGUGCACGGGGGGAGACCCACCGCCAGCUUUUCAGCACUCUUGGUUUCAACAGCUCCCAGCUGACUCAAGCAGAAGUAGACCAGGCCUUCCGUAGACUCCUCACGAAAGAGCCCUCUGACGAGGAGGUCAGCGAAGGCACCGCCGUGUUUGUAGACGACAACUUUAAGCCCAAGCCAGAGUUUCUAGAUGUCCUGAAGCAGUCGUAUUCUGCAGAGGGCUUCAAUGUUGACUUCAGCAACACUACAGACAGUGCAAAUACCAUCAAUAAGUUUGUGGCUGAUAAGACCAAGGGAAAGAUCGACAAGCUGGUGGGUGACUUGGAUCCAAGCACAGUCAUGUAUCUGAUCAGCUUCAUCUACUAUAAAGGAAAGUGGGAAACACCAUUUGACCCUCUGUUGACAAAGGAGGACAUGUUCAAUGUAGAAGAAAACAAACAGGUUCCUGUUCAGAUGAUGAAUGUGGAAGAAUAUUUUGACGUUUACUAUGACCAAGCAAUCAACACAACAGUCCUCCAACUCCCAUUCAACAGCUCCUGCUCCAUGCUGCUUUUGUUGCCUGGAGAUAUGGCAACUUUGGAACAAGCAAUAAGUCCAGCACAUGUUGCAAAAUGGCUGAAGUGGAAAAAGUCAAGGAAAUAUGACGUGUACGUUCCAAAGUUCUCCAUCAAGACUUCUUACAAGCUGAAUGACGUCUUGGCUGAAAUGGGAGUCACAGAUGUUUUCGGUAAUGGUGCUAAUCUGAGUGGUAUUGCUGAAGAUGCACGGCUAAAAGUUUCAGAGGUUGUGCACCAGGCUUCUCUGGAUGUUGAUGAGACGGGAGCCACUGCAGCAGGUGCUACAGGAAUUGGUUUUAUACCGCUCUCCUUCCAGUUCAUCCCUGUUAUAAAAUUCAACCGCCCAUUUAUGGUUCUAAUUAUUGACAACCAAGGAGAAAAAAUGCUUUUCAUGGGCAAAAUUAUCAACCCAAACCUUUAAUGGCAGAAAGGAAUUUGGUUACAGCACAGCUACUGCACCAAUAAAGUACAUUGAAAAACUC